GUCUUCCUCUGCUCAUACAAUCAAGCUCUCUCCCUCUCCGGGACAAAAAGUCAACGUUUACUACAACGAGUCAAGUCUUCACUCACUUAAAACUUUGAGGACAUUUUGUUAUGGUCUCAUUCGUCCUCGUUGCUGUCAUUCGGCAUUUCUGACGGAGGAGCGACGCCAUAUGAGCAUGAAAAGGUCACAUGGAGUUUGUAAUAUCUCUGAAUUCUGGCUGGACAAACCAAGGAGGAUAGGACAAAUAACAAGAAGAGGGAAGUAACAGGUGUAUGUUGCCUCUUACUGUAGUUUCCCUGCAGCUACCAUGAGUUGGAGUUUCCUGACUCGCCUGCUGGAAGAAAUCCACAACCAUUCGACAUUCGUGGGCAAGAUCUGGCUCACCGUCCUUAUUGUUUUCCGCAUCGUGCUGACGGCUGUAGGAGGGGAGUCCAUCUACUACGAUGAGCAGAGCAAGUUUGUCUGCAACUCAGGCCAGCCGGGCUGUGAGAACGUCUGCUAUGACGCCUUCGCUCCACUCUCACACGUCCGCUUCUGGGUUUUCCAAAUCAUCCUGUUGGCCACACCUUCACUCAUGUACCUGGGCUAUGCUGUCAACAAGAUUGCUCGGGCAGAGGAGCAGACAGACCGCGGGGGAGUGAUUGGAUUUUCGCAGAGGAAGCUCAGGAAGCCCUAUCUUGCAGGCAGAAAGCAGCACAGGGGCAUUGAAGAGGCCGAGGAUGACCAAGAAGAAGAUCCGAUGAUCUAUGAAAUGGCAGAGGUAGAGAGUGAUGGUGGUGAACCAGUGAAAGGACACAGUGGUGAUGGACUAACAAAGGCCAAGGUGCGCCACGACGGGCGCCAGCGUAUUAAAGAAGAUGGACUGAUGCGUAUUUAUGUCCUUCAGCUCUUGACCCGCACCUUGCUGGAGGUGGCUUUCUUGUGCGGACAGUAUGCUCUGUAUGGAUUUGCUGUGCCUCACACCUACGUGUGCUCAGACCUGCCCUGCCCUCACAGUGUGGACUGCUUUGUGUCACGACCCACUGAGAAAACCAUCUUUCUUCUCAUCAUGUACACAGUCUCCCUGCUCUGUCUGGGACUUAAUAUAUGGGAGAUGCUUCACCUGGGCAUAGGUACCAUCUGUGAGAUCGUACGCUCUCGCCGUGUACAGCUCCCCGACAAUGAGCUUUGUGGGCUGACACGGGCACAAGGAGCUCUUAAUGAAGCGGGCCUGAGCGCAGAUGAUUACAGAAGCUACCCUUUUUCUUGGAGUGCACCAUCAGCUCCACCUGGGUACAACGUCGCCAUCAAGCCUCUUUUGGUAUCGAAAGGGCACCAUGUCCAGCCACUUUUCAUCACUGACAUCACUAAUGCCAAGAUGGCAUGCCGGCAGAACCACGUGAACAUUGCUCAAGAGGAACAUCAGCAGUACACCAAUAACGAUGAAAACCUGUGCACAGCAGGGAUGGGAGAUGGCCCCAGGUUUGUUCAUACAGACAUCCGUCAGCCUCAGAACAAGCUGGAGGCUGACAAUCCGACCAGCAUCCAUCCACAGAGCGACAGAAACAACCAGAGCAAGCCUCACUGUGAACGUAAACAUCGGCAGGCCUCCAAACACUCCAGCAAGGCAGACGCGAACAGAGGAAGCAGCAGUGGCUGUAGCAGCAAAUAUGGAGUCAUAAAGGGUUCUGAGUGGAUCUGAAAUACAGACUUUGACUUCUGUUGUUUUUAAACGAUGCAAAGCCUUCUCAGACCAAGAGGUGUUUGUGAGACCAUAUUGUGUGUAAAAGAAAAAUUAACACAGCACCCAGUUUACAUUCUUUUCAGUAGUAUUCAUACCAUUACAAUAGUGUGGUGAUUAUAAGUGAUUAAUAGUGUCAGUGUCUCUCUUGUGCCACUGUUAACUCUGUCAUGUGAGGAUCAAACAAAUAAAUAAUUGGCCACAAAAAAAUAAACCUAAACAUAAUAACUGGCGCAUGCUCAUGCAGAUAUAUUACAGAUGUAUAUGAAUACUUACAGCCCCAGGACAUUAGUAUACAGGUUUGAGCUGCCUUAAAACUCAACAGUACAAGACAGAUUCUGCCACUAAUAUGUAAGUAACCCUUUGAGUCUGUGACAGCCAAAUACAUGUGUGUUGCCGCUGUAAACAACAUAAAAUAAAAUAAAUAUUUUGUUAAAUAGCUUUUGCAGGAAGAUGUUGGUGCUGUCUUUGAUUCUGUGUGAAUAUGCAGAGGUGUCCAUGCUGUAAACCAAGGUGCCUUACUUAAACAAAGUGCCGCUUUCUAUGGACUCUGCAUCACUUUUACAAAAUGUCAUCAUUACACCCAAAAUAUAUCAUCACUAUGGACUGAAAGCAGAAGCUGAGUCCUACUGUCUGUGUGACUAGUUUCAUUACCAUCCAGGGGUUAACAAUAUUAUUGUUUCUGAGUAUGCAAAAUGGUAUUGUUAUUUUCACCAAACCAGGUUUGUUUUCCCCAGCCAUGAAGAUAAAUGAGAGACUGGGUUCAGUUGGAAGUUUAACAUUGUUUUCUGUGUAUUUUUUGGUGCAAGAAAAGAAGUUCAAUGGAAGUGUUUGGCAAAAUGUAAUGACCUAACCCUGUUGUUUGAACUGUUGUCAGUGUCUUAUUGUCAAGCUGUUACAAUUUUACAUAUGUUUUUGUUUGUGUGAAGUUCUCGCAAUGAAGGCUCUCUCUUUGCACCAUAACUCCAUCAGUUUCUGAUAUUGACAUGAUGAAAUAAUCAGUGCAUCUGGUCUGUAUGUUGUUUUUUUAGGCCUUGUGUGAGGAGUUCUUUGUCAUCAAUACAUACUUUUAAUUGCAGAUUUUCAAAUUGAAAUGUCAUUAAGGGUAGUAUUUUGCACUGUGCCAGUGUUUUUGUGAAAAAUAUUUGUCUUAACAAAAACUUCAUGUUUUGAAUAAAGAAUUGUUAUUUGUUAUA